GGUACCACAAAUAGGGCGAAAGGAAAGAGAUGAAGAUUGAGCGGGAACAUCGAAACGACAUUGGCGGGAACACAAUUCAAUCCCUAAUUACCUCAUAUAAAUACCCCAAUUCAUUUCACACCCUCAUACCGCCACUUUCACACACUCUCUCUCUAGACCACAUCGAUUUCUCUCUCCAAAAUGUUCUCAGGCAGCCAAUUCGACGCCUCCUCCGCCUUCGGCGGCGGCGGGUUCAUGUCUUCUCAGGCCACUCAAUUCGGCGGCGAUUCCAAUUCCUCCUCGGCUAGGAGUCGUGAAAGUCACGGACUGGUUCCGGUGACGGUGAAGCAGAUUAGCGAAGCUCAUCAGUCCGGAGAUGAGAAAUCAAACUUUGUGAUCGGCGGCGUUGAUGUGGCCAAUGUGUCUUUGCUUGGGAUGGUGUUUGAGAAAGUUGAGAAGACCACUGAUGUUUCUUUUACCAUCGAUGACGGAACAGGGCGAAUCAAAUGCCGAAGAUGGGUCAACGAGGCUUUCGACUCAACAGAAAUGGAGGCAGUAGAGGAUGGAAUGUAUGUUCGUGUCAAUGGAAAUUUGAAAGUUUUUCAAGGUGUUCGGCAGAUAGGUGCAUUCUCUGUGAGGCCUGUGAAGAACUUUGAUGAAGUUGCCUUCCAUUACAUUGAGUGCAUAUAUAACCACUUACGGUUACAGAAGCUGCAAGGAAUUGCUGUAAAUCAACCUCAGCCCAUGGGAUCAUCUGUGUACACUCCUGUAAAGAGUGAGCCAAGUGGAUAUCAGACCGCCUCAUCAAACCAAUUAUCGGGCCAAUUUACUGCUGAUGGACGAAAGAGUGUUCAUGAAUUAAUCAUCGAAUAUAUGAGGCUGCAGCCUUCCAGCACAAAUGGAACAAGCACACAAGAGCUUUCCCAGCGCCUAAAUCUCCCCAUGGAAAAGAUCAUGGACGCUAUCAGGCCUCUUGAAGCAGACGGCGAACUAUAUUCCACAAUUGAUGAAUUUCACUAUAAGAUAGCUGAUGAGUAGUGCACUUCAUGAAACCAACUAUAUGCCGCUGUUGGAAAAUGCUCAUAUGACUAUGUUGGUGUAUAUUUUUCAUUUAGCUUUCUCUGCUUGUGUAACCAGAAGUUUGCUGCUUCAGUGUUUAUUGUAGAUCGAAACAUUUUACACUCUUCUCUCGCUUUUAAUGG